AUGGGGGACGCUAUCAUAUUCAGAGUGAACGAGAGCACGUGGGCGUUGACGGAGUGGGAUUCAAAGAAGAAGGAGCCGCUUAUACAGCAACUGUGCCACUUGCGAUACAAAAAUGACAGUGUCGACUGUGAUUGCCCUGCAAGAAUUAGCUGUGUUCAUCGCGCGAUCUUUGAAAACUGCUUCCAACAAUUCAAUUCGCUCCAGCAGCCUGACUUGGGUGUUGAAUCUACCCGAGAGAUUGUUUUCCUGGCUAUGAACAUGAUUCACCCGCUUGUGGUGUCGGUCCAGGAGAGCUGCAGCCACCAUGACUCGAGCUCAAACACCCACAAACGAGUCAUCGUCGUUCUGCAGUCCGACAGGCGAUGGAAAUGCUCCGGGCGCAGCUGUCCCCAGCGAGUGGUAUGUGACCAUGUCAAGGCUGUCACAAAACGCUGUCAGGAGCGUCAGCUGCUGGAUGAGGAUGGUGAACCGACAUUCGAAUUCGAAGCUUUCGAUCCCGAUGAGCGUCGCGAUCAAUUCCUCAACGCCACAUCCACUUUUCCGCCAAACCUCCACAUAUCGUCUCGCCCUCGAGCGCCCCCGGCACAUAUGCUUCUUGCCUCUGAUCCAGCCGAAUACUUUCCGAGCCCACAUCCAAAGGCCUAUCCCGAUGUCUUCCCUCUCGAUAAAGGCUCCCGCUGUCGGUGUGGUGAACAGUGGCUCGGGCCGCAAGGUGGGCAAUACAGAGAACUCAGUCCUUACCGAGUGUACACUUUCACUGGUGCGGUUGACCUUCUUGUCCAGAUUGUGAAAUGCCCGAGGUGCUCGUCAGGUCGAGGACGGAUCGGGCCGGACUUGUUGGAGGUGGGGAUAGUCAAUUAUAACAAUGACUUUGGGUUUGCUCGAGAGGUCUUUGACCUCUUCAUCCUUGCCUUCACCGAGACUGGCGCGACGUUCGCCAGUUGGCAUCGCGUCGUGGAGCACAUGUACGCCUACACUCCGUCAUCCCAACACUCACCAAAGUUUGUUUCUAUCUCUACCUUCCGUCGAUGCUUCUUUGAGUUCCUCACUCUCAUGAAGGGCUGCAUGGAAGCCGAAAUGGAGUGCGCAGAAUGUGGGCCCUACCCCAAAACGGUCAUUGCAGACAGUGUCGCGCUCGCUUUCGGAGCCAGAUAUGUGGAAGGUGGUUUACGCCCUCCCACGCUGCCCACCACGCGCAGCCUCAACCGUCCCGGGGUGAAGAGACUUUUGUUCUCGUCACUUGAAUGUUCACUGUUCAACAUGAAUGCCGCCACUUUCAACGUGCUUCGAGAGGAGUGCAGGGCCUGGAUGACAAAGAAGGGCAGUCUCGAUGACAUGCCGCAGGCUGUUGUCGAGUUUCUUCAUACCCCAGCAGCUCGGGAAAUCCCGUUCCACGAGCCGCUCACUCUCAUCAGCUCUCUCGCGAUUUCCAUUCUUGAAAUCUUCCACGGCCGGAGUAUACAUGGCGUGAUAUUCAACGAGGCUCAAAUGAUGGCGCUGAGGGCUUACAUGGGAAUGAUUAUGUCAAGGGACUCAAUCUUUUCGCUAUUCCCUCCCCCAUUCUUCCAUGAGAUCGACACCUUCUGCAUCGAUCAUACGUCCACCCCCGAACUUCGAAGACACGUUCCUGCCAUCUCCAAUCUAUGCCAUGCUUUCCCCGAUCUCCCGAUUGAUUCCUCGCCUAUCUUGCUCGACCUCCUCUUUUUCCUCAACGAGCGUGCUCGAAGUUUGUGGAAGACAAUGUUGGAUCGAUGGCAGCAAACAGAGGCCCUUGAUCCAGAGAUAGCUCACAAGGUUGAGGAGAAGUUUCCGGGUGAGAUCCCUUGGGAAGCGAGUGGGUUCUGCGGACCGGGAGAGAAGCAGAGGGAUAGGGACCUAUACCCGAACAUCGCAGACGAUGCUGGUAUGAAGCGGGUCAAAGGGGGUGCCGUCAAGGUCAGCGAGAGCCAUGCGUUGGAAGGGGAUUGCAAGAAAUACUAUAAUGCACAGAAAGCAACGAAGGGUAUGACAGGCGGCAUUGCCAGCUUGUGGUGCCCGCAUGGUAUCUGUUGUGCCUACCGUCUGAUGCCAACAUCGGAAGAACGUGAUGAUUUCUUCAGCAUGAUCUAUUGCUACUGGCCCGAAGCUCCAGAUCUUGUCAUCUAUGACUUUGCCUGUUCUUUGGGGCCAUAUUGUUUUCUCCGGGCUCCGUCGUAUUGGGCCAAGACGCGUUUUCUCGUUGGUGAACCCCAUGCCCAAGGCCACUCCAAAUGCUCAGCGAUCAAUUCAAGCAUUGCCGAGUCGAAUCACUUGCUUCUCAACCGUUUGAGAAAGAGUCUCUCCUACAUGAAUGAGAGGGAUUCUAGUAUGUACCUUUGGAUCGUGAUCCAGUCUCUCAACAGAAGCAGCAUGCUCCGAAAAGGGUGGAAGCAGAAGGGUAUCGUUUGA